AAGAUUCCUAGAUACGCUAGCGAUCCAUGGAGUUCCAUCAAUCUUAAACAGUGACUGGCGUAUUGCCACAAGCCGGGUGGUAUUCUGAGAUUGCAGGGUUGCUAGCAGAUCUACCCACGCAGCCCACUAAGUUAAGCCUGUCGCUAAGCCAGCCUGACGCAAGCGUAUCGGCACCCAUCCGAUGGUCGAUAUCGAGCAACCCUAGCGGUUGUUGUCGCCGGCCGGGUUAUUGUCACUAGAUUAGACUAGAGUUGGCUUUGCAUGUCAACGAACACGGAUUGUAGUAUUUGAGCUUCGCAUAUCAUCCAGGUCAUACCGCUUGACCGGUGCUAUUCACUUGGCUAUCGCAAAUCGACGACGAGGGAUUAACGAAACAUUAUCAAUUAUAGACCCACUCAAGAUGGGCGGACACGUGAACAUGAUGGACGAUGUACUGAUCUCCAAUUUGCCGCCGGAGCUUUUGAGGUCAGCCAUGAGGGUGCUGGUAUCUCAAGGUUCUGUGACUCAGAAGCCAUUCGUAAAUCAUAUCCGAGAACGCUUUACGGAUACCCCACCAAAGCUGGCAGCCCCCGAGGACUUGUUUCCAAGUGUCAAUCAUGUCUCACUACAAUGCAGUCGAUAUAUGGCUCUGACGAGAUGUUUAUUCUCAUGCAAGUUGGCAGCAGAAUCCCUGAGAUAUCUGAUACAUUUCAUUGAAUCAAUACAGCUUGGGGGUGCUCGGUGGGAAAGUGAUUCUGACCUUGAAGCUGUGCUUGAAAAGUUCGGUGGCGAUGUUGUCCAGGCCGUGCAGGCUUUAAAGGAAUCAAAACCGGAACCUACAGAAGCCCUCGAAGAUCAGCUUCUAAAACUCUGGACGGCGUUGAAAGACUGCCAGACAUAUUGCGAGAACACGAAACCCGAGCCCCUUAUCUACCCACUCACCCGCGCAGAAAGACAAGUGAAAGAUGUCAUUGGGUUUCUGUUCCCGAACGGCACAAGUCUCUCUUUACUCAUAGAUACAUUGAGCAGCCAGAUUCUCGUUGAUCUCUCCAAGCAGGGUGAUACUGAGAUGUUUGCCCUUGGCCCCUAUCAGGUACCGCGCUUAUUCAAUGGGCUAUGGCAAUUGUCAUCUCCUGCAUGGGGCUCAGGGACCGCCGAGAAACAAGCCGCCGCAUUGAAACAUUUAGUUGAAUACGGACUGACGUCAACCGAUAUGGCAGACCACUAUGGUGACGCUGAGUUGAUAUACGGUGAGUUCCGGAAUCGACUAGCACCUGACGUCCGUGAGCAAGUGUACGCCGCAACGAAGUGGUGCGUUUUUGGUCCGAUCAAUCAACCUGUCACCAAUGACUUUGUGCUGUCUGCGGUUAAGGAGCGGUGCAGGCGAUUAGGCGGUAGGGUUGAGCUGCUGCAGUUCCACUGGUAUGAUUAUGAAGAAAAAGAAUACCUCGAAAUACUGGCAGAGCUAGUCAAUAUCACGAGAACACACUCCGGCCUAGUUUCAACGAUUGGGCUGUGCAACUUUGACUCCAAGCACACGAAGGAAGUUUGCGAGUAUCUCUUGGCAAAGCAGGGCGCUGUUGGUAUAGUCUCAAACCAGAUUCAAUUCUCCUUAUUCGACUCGCGGCCACUUCAACAAAUGUGCACCGUUUGCACGGAAUAUGGCCUGAAACUACUGACGUAUGGAUCAUUCUGUGGAGGUUUCUUGUCGCAGAAGUGGUUUAAUCAACCUGUCCCGGAGAUUUAUGCCGAGAAUAACCAGUUAACACCAUCUCAAAGAAAAUACUUCGACAUGAUUGGUAAUUGGGGAACUUGGGCAGAGUUUCAAGCAUUGCUUGGUGUUCUGUUGUCGACUGCAGAUAAGUACGGCGUAAGCUUGACGAACGUAGCAACAAGGUGGGUUCUUCAGCAACCUGCUGUCGGCGCCGUCAUUGUGGGUACCCGGCUCGGUGUAUCUGCUCACGGUGACGAGAACCUCAAGGUCUUCGAUUUCACCUUGAACGAUGAUGACAUGGAAUCCAUCAAUAACGCCGCACUGGGCGGAGGCGGCGAAAAGUCGCUGACGAUCUUUCAAAAACUUGGAGACUGUGGUAACGAAUACCGCGCAAUGCAUUAAACAGAGUAUGCAGACUAUGUCAGUCACAAUCUAGAAGUCUCAAUUGUUUUCAAUGAUCCGACUUUCAGAUACCUUGUGGAGACAAUGUUCUCGAACAGCAGGUAUCGAAACCUUCCCUUAUUAGACGCAGCGCU